AUGGCGACCAAGGGUAACUCUCUGCGCGAUCGCCAAAUAGCCUCGCUUAAGAAAAUCCUCAAUCUGAACGAGACUGUCGAAUCCUCCGAAGCAGACGAGGCGCAUGCUAACGGUCUGCUUGCACCUGUUGCGCCUAUCCUCGACGCCGAUGGCAACCCUAUCUGGAAGGUCUUGGUCUUUGACGACCUUGGUCGAGAUGUCAUCAGCAGUGUUAUGCGUGUCAGUGACUUGCGCGCAAUGGGUGUAACAAUGCAUUUGCAUAUUGGCGGCGCAAGACAUCCUAUUCCCGAUGUUCCUGUCAUCUACCUCCUCGAACCGACUGCGCAAAACCUACAGGCCAUUACUUCCGACUUGCAGAAAGAACUCUACACUCCCGCUUACAUCAACUUCCUCUCUUCCCUCCCCCGUCCGCUCCUCGAGGAGUUUGCUACACAAACAGCAACGGCCGGCACAUCUGAGCAUAUCGCCCAGCUGUUUGAUCAGUAUUUGAACUUCAUUGUGGCUGAGCCAGACUUGUUCAGCUUGGGGAUGCAAAAGGAGCAUACAUAUUGGGCUCUGAACAGUGCAGCCACAAGCGAUGAGGAGCUCGACCGAGUGGUGGACAAGAUCGUUAGCGGUCUCUUCAGUGUAAUCGCUACCAUGGGUGUUAUUCCCAUCAUUAGAUGUCCAAAGGGUGCCGCUGCCGAGAUGGUUGCUGCUCGACUUGAUCGCAAACUUCGAGACCACAUCCUUAACUCCAAGGAAAACCUCUUUUCAGGACCCCGGCCAAACGCAUCAUCAAGCACUCACUCUUCCCGACCUGUCCUCAUUCUUCUCGACCGAAACAUCGAUUUGAUACCUAUGCUCUCCCACUCUUGGACGUACCAAAGUUUGGUUCACGAUGUUCUCAACAUGAAGUUGAAUCGCAUUACCAUUGAAACUCCUGCGGAAGAAGGAAACCCAGCAAAGGGACCCACCAAGAAGGGCUACGAUUUGACUUCAAACGACUUCUUCUGGACCAAGAAUGCUGCCAGUCCAUUCCCUCAAGUAGCGGAGGAUAUCGAUGCCGAGUUGACCAAGUACAAAGAGGACACCGCUGCGAUCACAAAGAAAACCGGUGUCACCAGUCUGGAGGACCUCCAAGCCGACACCAGCGCGAGCGCUCAACAUCUAAAGGCAGCAAUAACGCUGCUCCCCGAAAUGAGAGAGCGCAAGGGCAUCUUGGAUAUGCAUAUGAACAUCUUGGCGGCUCUGUUAACAGGCAUCAAAGACCGUCAGCUAGAUAACUACUUCCAGCUGGAGGAGAAUGCCGCGAAGCAAACUAAGGCUCAGAUCAUGGAAAUUCUCAAUGACAACGACAAGGGCAAUGAACCUGUCGACAAGCUGCGCCUGUUCAUCAUAUGGUUCUUGAGUACCGAGCAGGAAGUCAAUCGACAAGAAUUCGAAGGCUUCGAGAAGGCUCUCUCAGAAGCUGGCGCAGAUGUAUCAUGUCUGCCCUAUGUUCGACAGGUUCGCGCAACUACCAAGAUGACACAACUGACUACCAUCAACAACACUGUACAGCCAGCUCAAUCAUCGGAUCUCUUCGGGCGCUUCUCUUCGAUGUCAUCCCGCCUCACCGAUCGCCUCAAGGAGUCCGGAGUUCCCACCGGUUUGUCAUCCAACUUUGAGAGUCUCAUCAGUGGUGUGAAGAACUUCCUUCCUGCUGAUCGUGACUUCACUGUUACUAAGAUUGUCGAAUCCAUCAUGGAUCCUGCUUCUGCCUCCUCUUCUGCCAUCGCAAAAACAGAGCACUACCUCUACUAUGAUCCUCGAUCAGCCAAUGCGCGAGGCACUAUGCCUCCUCCCAGCGCUGUGCGAUCGGGUGCAGGUGCCAGCAAUCCGGGCGGCAUGCCUGGGUCUCAAGUACCUGGUCAAACUGCUAGCUUCGGUCAAAGGCGGCAAGGCUUCAGUGAAGCUGUCGUGUUCACAGUCGGUGGUGGAAGUAUGGAUGAGUAUGGCAACCUGCAGGAGUGGGUGAGCCGCACCGGAGGAGAUAGAGCCAAGAAAAGAGUUGUCUACGGCAGUACUGAAAUGGUCAAUGCUGCAGAAUUUAUUAAAGAGGAGCUGGACACAUUAGGAAAGGAGGUGGCAUCAUAA